AUGGUGUCAGAGGCCGCCAGCCAACUGCGUCGUCGGACGGCGCCUGCCUCCGCUGGGAAGACGAAAUCCAGCCAAAAGGGUGCGCUGAAUGAUCGCGUGCCACAUACCCCCGUCCAGGCAGGGCCGCGCCAUUCUGCCUGGGUGAAUGCCGGCAUCACUCUCGCGUUGCUGAUCGCAGCCCUCCUCGUGCGUGUCAUCUUCAUCCACUAUCCGGACGAAGUGGUGUUUGAUGAAGUGCACUUUGGAAAAUUUGCCUCCUACUACAUCAAGGGUGAGUACUUCUUCGAUGUGCACCCUCCGCUUGCCAAGCUCAUGAUCGCGGCCAUGGCGUGGCUCGCGGGCUUUGACGGCAAGUUUGAGUUUGAUGAAAUUGGUGAUUCGUACGUGGAGCACAAUGUGCCGUAUCGCAUGAUUCGGCUGCUGCUGGCCAUCGUCGGCGCUCUGCAGGUCCCGCUCGUCUUCCAAAUUCUGCGCGAGACGGGUGUAUCGUCGCUCAUGUCCAUCGUGGCGGCGCUUGCGAUUCUCGCUGACAACGGCCACGUCUUGCAGUCUCGCCUAAUUCUCCUGGAUGCGCCUCUCGUGCUGUUUAUGCUGUGCAGCUUGUACUGCUACAUCCGGUUCUAUGCGCAACGCUACAACCCCUUCAAGGCGGCCUGGUGGACCUGGCUCUCCCUGACAGGUGUGAGUCUGGCAUGCACGAUUUCGUGCAAGAUGGUCGGUGUGCUCACAUUUGCUACCAUUGGCGGUGCCGUCAUCCUGGAUCUGUGGAAUUUGCUGGAUAUCCGACGCGGUCUGUCCAUGCGCGUGUUUGUCAAGCAUUUCUGCGCUCGUGCGAUGUGCCUCAUUAUCCUGCCCUUCCUGAUAUACCUCGGCUUCUUUUACAUUCACUUUGAGAUCCUCACGCAGACAGGCUCGGGUGACACGUUCAUGAGUAACGAGUUCCAGCAAACGCUGAACGGCAACGAGUUCCUCCAGUCGCCCGUCGAUCUGCAUGCCUUCGACACCAUCACGCUUCGUCACCGCGGAACGAAUGCCUAUCUGCACUCGCAUGCGGACAGGUACCCACUCGAGUACGAGGACGGCCGCAUUUCGUCGCAGGGCCAGCAAGUGACGGCUUAUGAGCACCAGGACGCGAACAACCAGUGGCAGAUCUUGCCCCUGGAUCCCGUCGAUAAUGAAGACGGCUCCUUCAACGAGACGCUGCGUAUCAUCCAUCACAACCAGUAUAUUCGCCUGCUGCACGUCAACACGAGCUCGUACCUCCGCUCUCACGACGUCGCCUCGCCGCUCAUGCCGACCAACAUGGAGUUUACGACCGUGCCGGCCGACACCUUCGACCAGGCGGACGAAGAGACGGUGGCUGAUACCGUGUUCCGCGUUAGCAUCGACGGCAUCAAGAACGACGAUGUCAUAUGGCGCACGCGUGUAGACUCCGUCCGUCUGAUUCACAAUAGCACAGGCGUGGCGAUGUGGACGCACUCGGAUCAGCGACUGCCCGACUGGGGUUUCCAGCAACUGGAGGUGAACGGCAACAAGCACCCCAAGGACAGGACCACCCUGUGGAACGCCAUGGACGUGUACCCUGACCCGGCAUCGCCGCUGUACGAGUCGCGCUCGGACAUUUCUCAGGAGCCACUUGCGCCCAAGAAGCGCAGCUUCUGGCGCAAGUACACGGAGCUGCAGAGUACCAUGCUGUCCCACAACAACCAGCUGACCGACAAGCACCCGUAUGACAGCCGCCCCCAGUCGUGGCCGAUCAUGUACGAUAUUGUGUCGUACUGGACCAAGGAGACCACCCGGGAGCAGGUGACGUUCCUGGGCAACGUCGUGAGCUGGUGGACGAGCUCGCUGGCCGUGCUGGCGUUCGUGUCCAUCUUCGUUACCGAUCUCUUGUGUCGUCGCCGCGGUUUGUUUUACCUCAGCACGCCGGAUCGGUCGCGAUACCUACACACGACGGGCUUUUUCGUCUAUGCGUGGGCUUGUCACUACCUGCCCUUCUUCCUGAUGCAUCGCCAGCUGUUCAUCCACCACUACUUGCCUGCUCACGCAUGCUCUGUCUUGGUGCUGGGCGGCGUGCUGGACUUUGUGACGAGCCGCUCGAUUGAUCUGCCGCUGAGUCCUGCCGGCCCGGCACUGCAGCCCGAGCAGCUGCGUCCCACGAUGCGCCGGCGGUACACGCAGCUCGCCCAGCCAGUGGCGUUUAUCGUGGCGCUGUCGCUCGUGGCCAUGUUCCACUAUCUCGCGCCCUUCACGUACGGCAACGUGGGACUCGAGCGUGCCCAAGUGCAAGCGCGUCGAAUGCUGUCGUCAUGGCGCUUGCAGUUUGCCUCCGAUGUCUAA